AUGAGCACACCAGAAUCCAGCGCCACAACGGCGAUCCCUUCGGGGAGCAAAAUCAGGACCAUCUUGAUAUGCUGUUUUGUGAUGUGUGGUUCUCUCCUCUUUGGCAUCGACAGCGGCGAACUUGGUGGCUUCCAGGCCAUGGUCAGGUCAGCGUCCCGUUCUCUGUCGGAUCUUGCAGUGCUGACGACCAAAAGCUUCCUGAAGGACUACGGGUACUUCGACGAAGGAACUGACUCAUACAACAUCCGAACUCGAAUACAAACCUCCUUGAAUGCUGUGUUGCUGGUGGGUGCCAUAGUUGCUUCCAUCUCGGCGGGCGCCAUCGGCACGAAAUAUGGUCGAAGAGUUGGUCUGAUAUGGAUGGGCAUUGUCGCCAUCGUGGGUGUUAUUUUCCAGAUCUCGGUUCCUCAUGUAUGGGGUUUACUCCUUGGUCGCUUCUUCGCCGGAGCUGGCAUUGGUUAUGCUUCAAAUUUUGUUCCGAUAUAUCAAGCUGAAGUUGCCCCAACACAAAUGCGAGGGAUGAUGAUCGCUUUGUAUCAGACUGGGAUCAACAUUGGUCAACUUAUAGGGUCCUGCAUCAAUCAAGGAACUUACAAUAUGUCGACAAGAUGGGCAUACAGAAUUCCACUGAUCACACAGCUCAUCUUUCCUACCAUUCUGGUUGUGUUUGCCUCCUUCUUUCCGGAAAGCCCUCGCUGGCUGCUCUCGGUCGGUAAGGUGGAAGAAAGUGCCAGGUCCAUCAGGAGGCUUCGUGGAAAGACCUAUCCAGAGCAUCAAAUACACGCUGAUGUGGACGACAUCGCUAAACACAUUAGACUCGAAAAGGAGCUUGAGGGUUCCGGCUCUUUCUUGGACGCCUUCCGAGGCAGUGAUAGACGUCGCACUCACAUUGCAUGUGGUCUUCUCUUGUGGCAAGUUUUGUCAGGUAUCAGCUUCAUCAACGGAUACGGGACAUACUUCUACUCAGUAUCUGGCAUCUCCAACGCAUUUGUUGUCAGUAUCAUCUCUCAAGUCUGCCAAUUAGCCGGGAUCAUCGCCAUGUUUCCGUCGGUCCAUUUUCUCGGUAGAAGGACUAUUCUCUUAUGGGGUGCUGCUGCUGAGACCGUAUGUAUGUUCACUUUUGCGAUCGUUGGAACUGUUGCACCCAACAGUGUCGCUGCGGCACGAUGCCUAGUGGCAUUUAGUUGUCUGUAUGCCUUCUUUUUCACCUGGUCUUGGGGCCCUGUUGCAUGGAUUGUUGCAUCUGAGAUUGGAUCCAAUGUGAUGCGAUCCCGAACACAGGCUCUGGGUUCUGCUGUUUCGUGGGCCGGUACUCUGCUCAUAGCGGUGGUGUUGCCCUAUUUGAUUAACCCAACAGCUGCCAACCUCGGUGCUAAAGUCGGAUUCAUUUUUGGAGUCACAUGCUUGCUUGGUUUCGUCUGGGCUCUGUUCUUUCUCCCAGAGACCAAAGGCCGUUCUCUCGAGCAGCUUGAUGAGUUAUUUUUGAAUGGUGUGUCGGUAAAGGAAUUCAGCACUUACCAGUGCCGUGGUCACGUCGAAUAUGAAAGACACGGCGUAAUCACAACUGCCGAGCUUAACGAUGACACAAAAGAAGUCGUAGCGAUCCAUACAGAGAAUACCAAGACCGACUGA